AUGGUCCAUAUCUCUUUGAUUCAGCAAAGCAACGCUCAAGUCGACGAGUUUUCUGCGCCUAGAGUCGCAGUGUUCGUUGGCGGCACUUCAGGCAUUGGAAAGAUAACUCUCGCCGAGAUAUCUGGUUUCGGAUUCGGCUUCACCGCGUACGUUGUUGGUCGCAAAGUCAGUGAAGAAAGUUUCAACAAUUUUGCGGAAGAGCUCCGGCAUGAUAAUGCGAAAGCCAAUAUCGUCUGGGUUGAGGGUGAAGUGUCGCUCCUCUCCGAAGUGAAGAGGGUAUGCGACCAUAUCAAGACACUUGAAUCGACGAUCGAUCUGUUAUUCAUGACGACUGGAUAUGCGCCUUUCAUGGGCAGAGCGGCUACAUCCGAAGGAGUGGACAUCAGUCACGCAUUGGAGUACUAUUCCCGCAUCUGUUUUGUAGAAAACCUACUACCCCAACUCCGUGCUUCUGGAAGCGCUCGAGUCAUCAGCGUUAAUUCAGGUGGCAUGGAAACGCAUCACGGAUUCAAUGUCGACGAUUUGCAACUGAAGAAUGCUGGUCUGCUUUGGGUAGCAUACACUAAGAUCCAUAAUGGUGUAAUGUGUACUCUCACUCUCGAGCGUCUUGCGGAAAAGAACGAGAAUCACGAUAUUGUCUUCAUACAUAGCCAUCCUCACAUCGUGAGAACUGGCAAUUUGUAUCGUAGUUGGAAUCCAGGGUCAUGGGGGUUAUGGUUCGCCACUUGGUUCAUCGACCCGCUACUCAUGCUCAUCGCAUAUACAUUCAAAGAGUCGGCUGAGAGACAUCUUUAUCUUGUUACCAGUGGUCGAUUCGGAGGAAAUGGGCCCAAGAUUCCAGAUAUUGCUGGAACAACGACCAGGGGACAGCUGAAGGGAGGCUUAUUCCUGGCCAACCACAAGUGCGAUACAGUUAAGAAUGAAAAAGAGCUGGUGAAGCUGCGGUCUAUGGCACAGAACAAGGUAUGGGAUACGACAUAUGAUAUCAUUGGUCCAUAUAUUGCAUGA